AGAAAGAACAAUGGUGAUGAAUUUGCUUGAGAUCCUUUCCCCCCUGUGAAAACCGACAAGCAACUGAGAAGAGCGUGUGUUACAACGGAAACCUGGCAUCAAAUACUCUAGAUCCUCUGUUUAGAGGAAUGCAUUGAGGCCAGGCUUUCACAAUUCGCAGGUCUUCUGUCACCUCGUUCGCACUGCCACAGAACACUACAUGAAUGAACCGAGUUUCGUCUGGGAGAGGAAUGAAGUAUAACCAUCUUUCCCAGUACAGGAGGCACGACUGAAAGAGGGUAAAGCUCGAAAAGCGUUGCAUCUGACGGGGAUUCUGCUUCUUGCCCACAGGAUCAACUGAAACGCACACAGUUGUCGCCCAGUUCAGAGGUGUGCCAUUUUCCCUUCUACAAUGGAAGUCAGAACUGUGAUUCACUCGCUGAUUUAUACCAGCGUGCUGACGAUGGUUUCUGUGCUUCGUGAGGCAAUCUUGUUCGUGAACGGGAUUCCCUUUGGUCAAGUGUCCGAUGCAAGCUUCGCGUCGGCAGACGAGAUCAUUGUUACAGGACUCAAAUCUUUAGAAUUGUUUAAUCCCCUGGAAGACGACGCGGAAAGCUUCUCAUCAGAAGCUUCAGAGUCUACUUCUCCCACUGCUACUACAUCUCAGCACAACCCUACGAAAACAUGGACACGAGAUCCUUUCCUGGCGUCUACUCCUGCCAUAGCCAUAGGGGGUGCCCCUUUCGACACUUUACAUGACUACGCUGUCGAUCUGUCAGGACCGGAAGAUUUUGCCCUUUUGAUUUCCCAAGCAAAAGCAGAAUUUGUAGCCAGCCUUCCCCCCUCAGCGCUGCGACAGUGGAUCCACUGGCAGAAGCGGGGUGUACAACAAAGCUUUUUCCGUCGAGGGGAGGAACAUGAGGAAAGAGGAUCCUCGGUGUUUUUUCCCGUCGCGCGCAUCCAAACACAGGGCACUAACGAGGACAAGACCACAUCGAGCAAGAAAAUAAAAAGGCCCAUGUCUCGCAAAUAUACGGACGGACCAGGCACCCACAUUCCGCACGGAGACAAAGCGGCCUCCUCGUCUUCGCUCUCGUCGGCCAGCCAACAACCUGUCAAAACCAUCAACACUUCAUACCACGAGGAAUCUGUGAAUACGGGUGUUGCUAAUCUAGUGAUGUCUUCUUCCACAUUAGGAGGCGACCCCAUGGCGUUGGUCCCGGCCCAUAGCGUGGAGCUCGGUAAUGUUGUAGUCGCAGAGGGAUCGCCGCCGAAAAGUUUGCACAGAAUUGCAGAACGACGAAGGAAGACGGGAGAUGAACCUUCAAAGGACGGGUCAAAUCGGAAAACACUUGUAUUUAGAGGCCGUGGAGGUCGAGAGAGUGGCCAGACACACGAUAGCGCUGCUGGCCCGCGAUGAAACUUGAUCGCCUUGUCAAGACAACAGUCUGUGUUUGAAGGAGUGGUGUGCCAGCACUGCGUUUUGUUAACGCGUCCAAAUCGUACAGUGUGAGUGAAAACGCAUUUACUUUCAAAAUGGCGGGGAUGCCAAUGUGGAUAACAAGUAUGUCCAUAGGCGCGUGCAGUGGUAUUUGUAUCUGGGUUAUGUCCCGUUCAAUGUGUAUUUCACAUUCAGUGCGUCAAUCCGUGAAACUCGUUGUGUUCCGUCCCUUUGUACUCUCUAGAAUAAGCGCUUCUUCAGUAACAUACGCCGAUAGAACAACUGUGCUGUCGUCCGUGCUGCUCAACAAUGUAAGCACUUUCUCUUCUGCGAGCUCUGAGCGGCUCAAAGACACCUCUGGUGCGUGUUGAUUCAGAACAGUUUUUCAAAGUCAAUACCGUUUUUCGUUAAUGUACUGAAUGUGGCGCCGCGACAAGAGACGCACUUAACAACUGGUAGAUGCG